AUGUAUCGAAGUCUGCAGAGAUUCAUUAGUGCUAAGACGAGAUCGUCAAUAAGAAGCUACGGUACUCGAACCCCUUUUCUGUUCGUUCCCAAUGAAGAAAAAUUUCUAUUUGAAAGUGAAAAAUUAACACCAGAACAAAAUAAGGCAGCCAUACCAAAGAGACCAAGUUAUGAUCACUUGCAGAAAUACCAUUAUGAAAUUCGUAGUCCAGAAGAUGUUGCCGACUUGAUUAUGAAACUCGACUUCAAGGAUAUUUUCUUGACUAGUUUGGCGAAAGAUUCACCUAUACUAGGCGAUGCAACUUACAAGUUUGUGUCUAAAGAUCCUUCAAAGACGCCUGAACCAAUCAUGUUACAUUUCACUGCUAUUACGUGUAAAUGGGCGGAAGUUUUUAAUGAUCAAAUCCAUGAUCUCUCAAAUAUACCAGAACAAGAUGCGUCAUUGAAUUAUGAAAACAAGAAUCUCAUAGAACAAAUAUCAAAAGGAUUGCAGAAUUACAAAGAAAUUACAGGGGAAAACAACUUGCUUACAUCGGAUAAUUUGAAAAAGGCGUUCAAGUUCUUAAAGGCGUUUGAAAAUAGUGAAAAGAAAGUGACUGGGAUUUCAACACAAUCUGAACUCUCACCAGUAAUUACUUUCGAAGCCAUGUCUUCAUAUUUGUUAAAUUCUGAAGAAGUCAAGCAAAAUGUUGAAAACUUUGAUAUAUUUCUAUCAUUCAUUGAAGAAAACAUACAACUCUUCACACUUGAAAGCCUUAAACAGUUUCUUGUUUUACUCAUUAAUAAUUUGCAUGAAUCAAAAUUGUCAACUAUACAACUGAAGCUCAAUGCAUUUACGAAAUUUAUGGAUAAUACUAUUUUCGAAAUAUAUCCCUCAAUAACAUCUGAGUUGAAUCCAAUAUAUUUAGAUAAAUUAUCCUAUUUGUAUACAAUGACUUCAAACAUCCUAAAGGCUAACGAAAUAUUGUCUAUAUUGAUUCAAAAUUACAAGUUAUCACCUUCUAAAGAAACGUUUAAUUCCUUUUUAGCUGGAUAUGAAAAGUUUUUGAAUAAUAUUGAGGGAACAAAUCAGUUAAAACGUAAGGAGACUAUCUUAAGGGAUUUAUCAAACUUAAAACCGGCAUUUUUUCAUGAGGGUUUAAGUAAAAUUUCAUUCAAUUUAUUGUUAAACAAUUCUGUGUCUGAUGUUCAUGAGUUGGAAAAAUUUUUGAAGCUAGUAUUAUUGAGUGAUAAUGGAGAAAAUUUACUAGCCAAUUUUUCACAAGACAUUAUUAGAAAAAUACAGAGCAUACAAUUUAAGAGUAACGAUCCAGUCAACGCAAAAUCUUUGCAAUUAUCACAACUUAUUAGGUUGUUAGUUAUCGAUAAUAACAUCAAAUUUUCAGACGCAGCAUUAACUUUAUGUGAAGAAUUAUAUUCCGGGUUUAAUCAGAAAUCGAACGUGAAACAAAUUCAAGCCCUAAAGGUCUGA